CCGCACCAAACGAGUCGUCCCAACACCUCUCUUUGCGCCUUCGCAAGAUCCACGGUCACCGGCGCCUCAGUACAACUCGCGCCACCAGCAUCUCCAACGCGAGAACCCGCUCACUCUCAAACGACACCCCCUCACGUGCCCAAGCUCUGGAACUAUCCCGAGGAUUACCUCCCGAAGUCUCCUGGGAAGUGUGACGUCAUUCAUGAGGAUACCCUUUGUGAAAAAGUUACCCGGUUGUGCGAAAGGAUACAGUUCGAGAUCAUCCAAAAUCGUUCAUCACGUCGAAUGGAAAAAUUAGUGUUGUGGCUGACGUCUUGAAAGUCAGUAUUGUGCCCGCUGUCGUCGGCGAAAAAAAAAACCAGCGUAAUUGAAAAUUAAAUCGACGCUCCUCUCGGAAAACCCCGCGCCGUGUUGUGCGGAUUUUUUUUCUCACCGUCGAGGAAAACGCGCGUUUAAUUCUAUAUAACCCGCGCGCGCGUUCCGAAAAAUCCAAUCAUGAAUUCGGGCGGACCCCGACUCGCAACGGGAUUCCCUCGAAGCUCGCGUGAUGAUCGGACGAACCCGAACAGUGCCGCGAACGAUUCCGCGACGCGAGCGUAGUUCCACGGAAACCGCGCGCAAUUACCGGAACAAUAAAGUUCGCCGCUCGUUGAAAGUUCACCGAAUUGAAAAGCAAUUAUGAGUGCGUAGUGUUCACACCUGAGGAUUAAACUACUCCGUGCGCCCAGGAUAUGCGAAUCGCUUUAGUCGAUUAGUGCUCCUCGAUCAAGAUGUUGGUGCCGCCGGACAUGAUAGCGGCGCAGUCCAAGAUGCUGUACCAGCUGAACAAGUACUACGGCGAGCGCGUCCAGCUCCGGAAGUCCGGGAUCGCGAAGACCAUCCGCGAGGUCUGCAAGGUGGUGCAAGACGUCCUCCGCGAGGUGGAGGUCCAGGAACCACGGUUUAUCUCUUCUUUGACCGAGUGCAACGGGCGCUACGAGGGGCUCGAAGUCGUGACCCCGACCGAGUUUGAAGUGGUGCUGUAUCUGAACCAGAUGGGCGAGUUCAACUUCGUUGACGAUGGGAGCCUCCCCGGCUGCGCGGUCUUGAAACUCUCCGACGGCCGCAAGAGAUCCAUGAGCUUGUGGGUCGAGUUCAUCACAGCCUCCGGCUACCUCUCCGCCCGGAAGAUCCGCUCGCGGUUCCAAACCCUAGUCGCACAAGCCUGCGACAAGUGCACAUACCGGGACUCCGUCAAGAUGAUCGCCGACACCACGGAAGUCAAACUGCGCAUCCGGGAGCGCUACGUUGUCCAAAUCACGCCAAGUUUCAAGUGCGCGGGAGUGUGGCCACGCUCGGCCGCCCACUGGCCGAUCCCGCACAUCCCCUGGCCGCACCCUAACCUGGUCGUCGAAGCCAAGACUGAAGGGUUCGACCUGCUGUCUAAAGAGUCGGUUUCCAUGCAGGGCAAACAAUCGGCCAUGGAGGGCGACGCGUGGGUCAUGAGCUUCUCCGAGGUUGAGAGCAGGCUUCUCUUCGGGGGCUGCCGGAAGCGCUGUCUCUCGAUCCUGAAGACACUUCGGGAUCGGCAUUUGGAUCUCCCCGGGAACCCGGUGACCAACUGCAUCAUGAAGACUUUGCUCCUGUACGAGUGCGAGAAGCACGCGAGGGAGGUGGAGUGGGACGAGUCUUGUCUCGGGGACAGGAUCAACGGGAUUUUCCUGCAGCUCAUCUCGUGUCUCCAGUGCCGGCGGUGUCCGCACUACUUCCUCCCGCACUUGGAUCUCUUCAAGGGCAAGUCCCCGACCGCCCUCGAAAACGCGGCCAAGCAGGUCUGGCGACUCACGAGGGAGCUGUUGACGAAUUCUAGGGCGCUCGAUAAACUGUAAGUAAUCGCGGUUUCAAGCAGUGGCGAGGCGUCAAUGAUCGAUUUUCGAUAUUUGACCAUUUGAAGAUAU